AUGAAUAGAAUCGCAGUUAUGUAGAUAACAAUAGUUAUUUGUUAUAAAAUGUUAAAAGAAUGGCUGAGUUAAUGAGUUUUUAUUAAACCGGUUGUGCAUAUUAUACUGUAGAGUAUGAGAUUAUUUGCCAAGUGAAAAAAAAUGUGCAGUGGAAAAGAAUGUUGUGUGAAGAAGAAGAAAUGCUGAGAAAAAAAAAGUCAUACAAAAAUAGAAUAUAUGAUAUUCUAGUUAGAGUAACAUACAGUGUACACUUUCAACUUUACUGUGAGUGAGUCAUAUCAUGACAGUAUAUAAAGUUAUUGCAUCGAUUACUUCUGACUUAAGAUAAAACCAGAGAUAUGUUAUCUCAAGUCGAUUUUAUACUUUUGUAUUUUAUUUUUCCAUCAAUAAAUAUAUAAAAUUUGUUCUACCUUGGGCGUGUGGAAAUUCAAGUGCUUUUUUUUAAAAGUGAAAAAAAAAAUUGAUCAAUUAAACAUUUUAAAAAUAUUCGAUUGACAGGACAGAUUCCGACGGCAAGAUUUCAAUUGAUAGAAUAAAUAGUGUGUGAAAAAAAAGAAAUAAAAAAUAUAUAGAAGGUAUUUUUUGAAAACUGAUUAAGUAAUUAAGUGUUUUAUAGUGUAAACUGUGAAGAAGAGCGAUGGAAAGUAAAAUAAAUAAACAAAUGUGUUUAUCGUCGUACAUUAAAGUACCAUUACCAUCAGGAGAAUUAGAAGAGCUUAUCGAAAAAGCACAGGAUUGGGCAAUUAUGCACGGAUUAGCUAUACGUACAAAUACAAACUUUAGCAAGGAUUCAAUGCAGUAUGCGCCCUUUACGCUUCUACCGUCAACUUUUCCGAGAUUAGAAUUUCAAGAUGCAUGCGAAAUCCAAACAAUUUUGAAUAUUUUAAUCCACAAAGUAGCACAUGAUUAUGAAUUUUUAAAGGAAACUCUUGCAUCAACUAUUUGUGUCGAUGAGUUUACCCGUAAACUUUUUAAUAUUUAUGAGACUGUAUACAACGAGGGAUUUAACCAAAAACUAUCAUUAGGAUUAUUUAGAUCGGAUUUUAUGUUAAAUUCAUACUGUUUCGAUAGUUAUAAUUUGAAAGUUUUGGAUGUUAACGACAGUGAUGAGGUCAAAAAAGAAAAAUCAUUUUGCUGUUGGAAACAAGUUGAAAUAAAUACAAUAGCAUCUGGUAUGGGUUGGCUUGGUACUGUUACUACUAAAUUCCAUAAAUUCGUAUUGCAUGAACUUGGUAUGAAAAAUUUAAUCGAAUAUUUGCCGGAAAAUAAUGCAAUUGAGGGACUGUGCGAUGGAAUGCUAGAGGCGUGGGGAAUGUAUAAUGAUCCGCGAGCUAUUAUUUUAUUUGUCGUCGAGGAGUUCUCGACAAAUAUAUGCGACCAACGGGGUCAUGAAUUUGAAAUAAAACGUCGGAAUCCUGAUGUUAAAGUUGUGAGAAGAACAUUGAAACAGCUGACGAGUGAGGCUAAGCUUGGCUCCAAGAAGGAAUUGAUUUUAAAUGAUAGUGCAGUAGUCGCUGUUGUUUAUUAUCGAUAUGGAUAUUCACCGGAGCAUUACACUGAACAAGAAUGGAAGGUACGGCUACUGAUAGAACGAUCGCUGGCCAUUAAAUCCCCAUCUAUACAAUAUCACCUGGCUGGUACUAAAAAAGUACAACAGGCAUUGGCUAAAUCCGGUGUUGUUGAAAAAUUUUUAGAGGAUGAGAAAAACGUUGAGUGUGUCAGAAAAAUUUUUACAGGUCUUUAUUCAUUAGAUUUCGAUGAGGAUGGAAACAGAGCAUUUGAAAUGGCUGUUAAUAAUCCAGAGAGAUUUGUUCUUAAACCACAACGUGAAGGCGGCGGUAAUAAUAUUUAUGGAAGUGAUAUUAAAAAAUUUUUAAUUACUAUUAAAAAUUCUCAAGAGCGAAAUGCAUGGAUUUUAAUGGACAGAAUUUAUCCACCGUCACAAUUAAAUUACGCAAUUACGGUAAAAGAUAGUGCUACAAAUAAUAAAUUAAAAGAAUUAACUCCAGAGGCAGGAAUUUUUGGUGUUAUUAUUGGUGAUGAUAAAAAUAAUGUAUUUGUUAAUAAACAAGUUGGACAUUUAUUUCGCACUAAAAAAGCUGACUCUAAUGAAGGCGGAUUCAUAGCCGGUGCUGCUGCUUCGCUCGCUGGUGUAAUUCAUGCAGUACCAAAAUACCAAGUGGGAAAUGAACCGAGAGAAAUGUUUUUUUUUCGCGAAGGUACUAUUGUCAUGUGGAAUACUACAGAUCUUGAAUGUAAUAAUAUAUUAGAAAUUUUAAAAAAUUAUGAGGCAAACAGUUACUCUACAGAAUUAGUUCAAGCGGAAAGUGAGAUUAUGUCUUAUACUUAUGCUGAACCUGGAAGCCGAAGCCACCUUAAAGACGGCGAUAUUUACUUAGCUUCAGAGGAUACUAAUUUAGAUAAAUAUACAUUUUCAAACGCGAUAUCUCAAUCAGUUAAACUUGGUAUUUGGGAAGCAUCUUUAGACCACUACAUUGAAUCGAUUGAAUUCGUAACAGAAGAUUUGAAAGCAGGAAGAAAAAUAAAAAUGACACGGGAACAAGUUCUUCGAAAGCAAGGAGAACUUUUUGCCCUGAGGCACCACAUCAAUUUGAGUUCCGACUUGCUCGAUACCCCAGACUUUUAUUGGGAAAGAGAUGAGUUAGAAAAUCUUUAUCAGCAAACAUGUGCUUAUUUCGAUAUCUCCAAGCGAACAAAGGUAAUGAAUGAAAAGAUAAACCACUGUGUCGAGCUAGUUGAAUUGCUAUCUUCACACUUGAGUGAUCGUCAUCAUGUGCGACUCGAGUGGAUGAUAAUUAUUCUAAUUAUGGUUGAAGUAGCCUUUGAAUUAUUUCAUUAUUUGGAUCGAUACUACAAGCAAGAAGAAAUUGAACAACUCACCACUCAACCACCGACUGUUUGAUGAUCCUCUUAACUUUAACUAUUAUUUUUACUGUAUUAUAAUAUUAACUAUUGGUUAUAAUGAUUAUCUAAUUUGAUUCUAAGUCAUUGGGUUAAAUAUUUACUUCAGUAAUAUAUUUAUUUAUUAACAGUACGUGGAAUAUUUAAAUAACUAUACAAAAGUAUAUUACGUAUUUCUUAACAUUUUCAAUAAAUCCAAUUAUCAUGCUGUCUUCAACCAGCGUUUGUUCAGUUUCUCCGUCAUUCAGAAAACUUUAAUUUCUGCUAAAACUUUUUAAAGUUCAUAAAUAAGUUCAUGUCAGUUGUGGUUUAAGCGAGAUAAAAAAAUAUACGUGCUGAAUUUUUCUUUUUCUUAUUUUUUUAUCAAUCUAAUUAUUGUACAAUCUUUUUUUUUUUAUACUAAACUUUUAUAUUUUUAAUUUACUUAUCUUUCCUUUUUCUUACUACAGUAUUUUUUUAUAUAUAAUAUAAAAAAAAUUAUUAAGAAUAUUUAAGAUUACAAUCUUACUUCGGACGAUAAAAAUGCCGGAAAAACUUUAAAAAAGUCUAUCUAAUAAACGUUAAUAUAAUUUAUGCAUACGCAUUUAUAUUAAUAGAA